CGUCUACAUUUGCCACCAAGACCAAGAUCGUUUAUAAAAUUUUUAAGGACACAAUGUCAGGAUUUCGAGAUUGUGUGACAAUGAAUGGCGGAACAGAUUUCGACGAGGAAGCAGACGAUCCAUUACCAGAUAACCUCAGAAUAAUGUAGUCACAAAAUCAAGACAUUAUGGGUAAAAUAAGUAAGAUAGUUGUAUGUGGUCACACAGGUGUCGGCAAGACUGCUGCCAUAGAACAACUUAUUUUUGGUAACCAUGUCAUUGGAACUCCAAUGCACCCAACAAUUGAAGAUAUAUACACAGCUAUGAUAGAAACCGAUAGAGGGGUUAAAGAAAAAGUCAGAAUAUAUGAUAUUGGAGGAUUGGAAGGCAGUAAAGUAGAUUUACCAAGACAUUACUUUAGUUUCCCUGAUGGAUUUGUAUUGUUUUAUGAUGUGACCAGUUGGGAAUCAUUUCAAAAAUUAGAAAAAAUUAAGAAAGAUAUUGACAAGUACAAAGAUAAAAGGGAGGUACACAUUGUUGUCAUUGGUAACAAGACAGAAGAAGAAACUAGACAAGUAGAUUUUUCUACAGCACAAGCAUGGGCUACAAAGGAGAAAGUGAGACUAUGGGAAGCCUCAGUCCAGACCAGACAAUCUUUACUAGAACCUUUUGUACAUCUAACAUCAAUGAUAACCAAGCCACCAGCUAAAUCUACAAUAUUUCCUGGAAGAAAGUCAAGGUUAAUGAAUGUUGACCAGUAGAUAAUGGUAAUAUCAACCAGUUGACGAAUACACAAUUAACUGAUUGCCUGAAGACCAUAUAUUCUUAAAAAAAAAACACUGUAUUUUACUGGCCAGCAACUGUAUGAUGUCAUAUUUUCUCUGUAAAAUGAAAUGUACUACAGACAUUGGACUUUAAAGACUUCCAGAUUUAUGACAUAAAGUAACAUACAGAUGUUAUAUUAUGGAGAUAUUUGAAGCAGCUCAGUGAUAACAGCGGUGUAUACAGAUGAUUAAGAGAUAUACAGAGGUUUUCUUCUCACUACAGUUAUAAGACAAUAAUUUAAAAAGAAUGUAAUAAGAUUAGUAAUUAAUUUCCUAAGGAGGAGGUUUUAUAUCAAAGAGUUAUUAUCUGUCCCCUGAAAUUGUAAAAAAUUAGUGAAAGUAUUCAAACAUUCAAAACAAUGGAAGAAUUUUUUAAAUACUUGAAAGAUGUUAAUAAUUUUUACUUGUAGCCUUAAAUUUGUCUGAUUUUAAUUUUUGUUUCAAUAUUUUAUUUUCUCUAAGGUUUCUCCAAAAAAAAAAAUUAUACAAGUACAUGUAAUUUUUUUGACAAACCUUAUAUUCUCAAGUUUUGUUAAGUCUUGUCUUGGUUUGACUUAUUUAAUUAGAGUUCAAACUUAUAUCAAGAACUUUAAAAAGAACUGUGUAAUGCACAGCACAUGUUUAGUAAAUUUAAUUAGUUGUUCCCUGGAGGCUUGUAAAUAUGCAAUGUUUGAAAAUAACCACAAAUCAGAUUUCAUUGUCCAUGAAAUUAUACUUUAAUGAAUAGUUAAGACAACUUUUAAAGACAGUCAGUAAAAUCUGUAAAUAGAUUAAUGUAGUCUUUAGGAAACCAAAAAGAGAUCAAAAUAUGACCCUUACUGAUUAUACAAGAGUGAAAAUCUGGAUGACUAUGGGAGACAACUCUUCCACCAAAAUAAGUUUCCUGUACUACAUGUAGUAAUUAAAAUUUACUUGAACAAGUCAAGUAGUAAACCUGAUUGACAUUAUUUUUGGAAAAUAAGUAUGAGCCAAGGCCUUACCCAAAAAGAUAUUUCACCCAAACAAUUUUGUCCAAGACAUCAUGUAGCAAAAUAUCUUUUUGGUAAAACCUUAUCGUUAAACUAAUAUUAUUAACAAGAUCUCAAAUAAGGCUGUUUUGGCUGUUAUUGCAGUUUUUCAUUAAAUGCAAGAUGUUUGUAGCCCUUUAUGCAAAUAUUUAAGAUACAAUUCAGAAAAAAAAUGAAUAAUAAUAUGUCUUGUGAACAUCAUAUGGAUACUAUUUGUAAGAUUUAUUAUGUCUGUUGAUUAUGAAUUGUAGGGACUAAAAAGGUAUAUGGCCUCAUAAUAACCUCCUUUUAAUAUGAUUAUUAGAUUUUAAUCAGUAGCCACUGUUUUGUUAUAUAUAUAUGAAAAACUUAGUGCAAUAUAGAUAUAUUUGUAUAUUAUUUUGUAUGACCCUAUUUAAAUUGUGUUGUUAUAAUGAAAUAAUUUAUUGUAUGCAA